CAAGAGGCUAACGCCAAGGAUCAGUCAAGGUGCCGACAGAUCUUAUCGAAAGCGAUCGUCUCGAAAGCCCCGCCAGGUCGGGCACGUGCCGCAGCUGUCUCCAUUCGAAGCAGAGAUGCCAAUCAACGCCCUCUGCAAGUGCUGCCGCCAGUCCAGAACCAAGUGCGACAUGCUCGCGCUGGACGGCUCUGUGCGAGAGUGCUCUCGGUGCAAGCGUCUCGGGCUGCAGUGCGUGCCCGAGCAGCGCCGCAGCAGCGGCAAGGCGCGGCUUGGAUCUCGCAACGUGGAGAUGCAGGCCGGGCGUAGCACUCAAGUCCAGCUCGAGCGCCAGGGCAACGUGACGUGGGUGGAGUCAGCGGCGCCAAGCAGCACGGCGCUGUCUGGCAUGCCAACCCCUCCAAAGUCGAUGCUACUCUCCGUCCCGAUCACGCUCUCAACCUCCAACAGCGACACGGCCCUCGCCGUGAGCAAGACUUUCGGCGAUCUCGUGUCGGAGAUGACGCGGCGGCUCGUGAUGGGCUGCGCCGGCACCGUCUCGGACCGCAACGUGCUGCUCGGCGCGCUGCACAUCGUGCUCGACGUGGCGCAGGCGCGCGACUGCUGCGGCCUGACGGCCUUCGCGAUGCAGUCCGCCCACCAGCUUGGCUUCCCGCUGAGCGAGGUCAAGCCCAAGGAGGGGCUGAUCGCCUGCACGUCGCCGCUGCCCGUCGCUAUCCCGCCCGCCGUCUCCGACCUCUUCAACUCGCCCUGCAUGGUGUACGUGCGGGCGAUGUCGGAGACAAAGUACUGGAGCAUCCCCAACCCCCACUUUGCCGAGUACGCCGUCCAGCGCGGCGCCGACAAGGUCCCCGACCUCUACUCGCACUCGUCGCCCGCGGAGCUGAUUGCGCUGAUGCUCGACAGCGACGCCGACCGGCAGCGGCUGCUGCAGGUCUGCUCGCAGGCGCUGGUGUCGCCGCUGUCGCCGCUCGACGCGACGAGCGCGGUCGCGCAGUCGCAGGCCGAGGAGCACUUCUCCCUCCGGAUGAGGCGCUCGAGCCGGUACGUGCAGACCCUGUCGCGCCUCGGCGUCCCGCUCGAGGAGGAGGCCGAGGCCGAGGAGGUUGCGAUCCCGCACCACCACUUCACGCGGCACGUGCGCGUGACUGACGCGGCGAGCGGCAAGGUCGUCAACUUCCUCGCGGUCGCGUUCUCGCCCUUCGGCUCCGACGGAGGCGGCUUCGUCGAGCUCGACUGCAGCCGGCUCGGCCAGCGCAAGCGCAAGCGGCUCCUCGAGGAGGCGGAGGGCGGCCUCGCGCAGGGCGGCCUCUUCACCGACACGGAGCAGCUCCUCGCCGCGUUGCAGGCGGGCGACCUCUUCGGCACCGCCGCGACCUUCGGCCAGUACGCGCCCCGCGCCGGCAUUGACUCCGCCACCCAGGCGCCGCGCCACCCUCCGCCUCCGCGGGAUCGGCCCGAGCGGGUGUCCUACAUGGAGAUGGGCGGCCGCUCCUUUGCGGCGGAGAGGCAGAUGACCGAGGUCGUCGCGGCGCCGCCCGCCCUCUCGGCCGGCCCUUCGACCGACUCGGGCCCGUCGGGCGAGUCGUCGGUGGCGGAGGAGGAGCUGCUCGCCAUGCUCGACUCCGAGGUUGCCGCCGAGGCACUCGCUGGCGGAGACACGCCGCUCAUCUCCGAGAUGCUCGCCAUGAUCGGCUGAGCUGCGGACUCGGAUGUAUCACACAGCCUGUGCGAGGAUAGUAGCGCCCUUGAGCCUCCCUCGAUCCACAGCUCUCCACCGCGUGUCGUCGCACGCAUAGCGCGCGUAUCGCGGUGAGCGGACCUGCGUGCGGCCCCACGUGUGCCGGGGAGUUUGGGACCUGGGGGGGGGAGCAUGAAUCCUACUUCCUGCACAUGAGCGCGACCGACGACCGUGUAGCGUGUUGCGUGUAGAGCGUAGCGAGGCUGGAGGCUAGCUGGGCGCGACACAGAGUCGCGGGGGCACGCGCCGCCGCCGCAGUCGCUCGACCCACCGUUUUAGGCGGCGUGUCCACUGCGUGUUGAGUAUACAGAAUACUCUUUUCUACUAAUACGUACUAAUUCACAACCGU